AUGUCCGAGGGCAUCGACUCUAGGCCCAAGCGGCCCUCCAAGGCGAAGCCUGCAACAGGCGAGCCACCAAAGAAGAAGCGUCGCCCUUCACUUGAGGAAGAAAGUGACGCCACUGAUGGACCUGAGGACCUCAACGCCAAGAUCUUGCUCAUGGAGAAAGGUAUUCUCGAAACUAAGAAGAACUAUAACGAUAUUGUUGUUCUCUUGGGUAUCAUGGGCGACUAUGAGAGUGGCAACCCAGAGAGUAUGCUGGCUACUGUGGCACUUUCGCGGGUGUUUAUGCGCCUCUUGGGACAGGGGGCGCUGGUGCCGAAACGGACGCUGUCUGACAAGCAGCUCGCCGUGGUCAACUGGCUACGAGAGCAGUUCAAGUCAUUCAAGACGUUGUUGCUGUCACUGCUCGAUGAUGAAGAACUCGGUGUGACGGCUCUUACACUGUGCAUGAGAGUGCUACAAGCGGAAGGGCAGGUUGAGAAGGAUGAAUACAGUUUCCCAACUGAGUUUCUGCGACAAAUUGUGCACACAGUGCUCCAGAGCGAGGACGAAGACGUCGCCAAGGCUUACACAGAGGAGUACCUGGAGCAGUUUGACGACAUUCGAUACCACACCUUCAGCUCCAUUACUGCCAUCCUCCAGGAUGUGGGAGAGGAAGACAAGGCCGACAUGUUCGAUGCAGUCCUCCCAAUCCUCUCAGCGCUGGAUGGUGUCCCAGAGUCGGCUGAAGAACUGGAAGAUUGGUACAUCGCACGCCCAAAGAAGAAGACGCAUAACAUACGUUCAGUCCAGCAGCACAAGCGACGAGGGCAAGAGGCCUGGCUUGCCUUGAUGAGCAUCGUGGAGACCAAGGAGCAGCGCAAGAGACUGCUGAAGCUUGUGUCCACCAUCAUCGCGCCCUGGUUCACCAAGCCAGAGCUUCUAGCCGAUUUUCUCACCAACUCGUAUGAUGCCGGAGGUUCCAUGUCGCUGCUAGCGCUGUCUGGUGUCUUUUACCUCAUCCAAGAACGAAACUUGGAUUACCCGUUGUUCUAUCACAAGCUUUACUCACUUCUUGACAACGAGAUUCUACACUCGAAACAUCGAGCCCCCUUUUUCCGCCUACUCAACACCUUCCUCUUAUCGACCCAUCUGCCAGCAGCGUUGGUUGCGAGCUUCAUCAAGCGACUUUGUCGACUCUCGCUCAAUGCGCCUCCAUCAGCCAUCGUUUUUGUCAUACCCUGGAUCUACAAUCAGAUGCGGGAGCACCCGACUUGCACUGCCAUGCUUCACCGGGAAAUCAGGGAUCCGGACGUGAAGAAGGACCUGCGGCAGAAUGGUAUGGACGACCCCUUUGACCCCAACGAGACGGACCCGAUGCAAACAGAUGCAAUCGAGAGCUCGCUCUGGGAGGUCACGCAACUGCAGUCCCACUACCACCCCAACGUGUCGACGAUUGCGAAGAUUUUGUCGGAGCAAUUCACUAAGCAAAGUUACAACAUUGAGGACUUCCUCGACCAUUCUUAUGCUACUCUCCUCGACGCCGAAUUAAGCAAGGAAUUGAGGAAAACACCCGCGGUCGAGUUCCACAUCCCCAAACGAGUGUUUCUUCCUCAGGAUGAGCCGGCAGUCAACCCUAAUAGCCUGGUUGCGAAGUUGUGGGACUUUUCAUAG